AUGGUUGCGAACGUGAACUCGUCGGGUUUUAUUCCUUCGGUCAUCAUCUGGUGCCAAAAUCUCGGUAUAUCAUCACAGCUGAAUUUCAAAAGGCCGUCGAGCAUGGCAUUCCAAGACACAACAUCCUUAGGAGCACGCGUGGAGCAGGCUCACGAAAGUGAACUCAUUCGGCCUGAUUUCACUCCUAUGCAUAUCCGGAAACAGAGAAAUUGCUUCAUUUGGAAAACCCUUUUGUGCGAGGCCUGCAAUGAGGACCGUCCAAGUCGCCACAUUCUUCUCAGGCAUUUCAUCAAACAGCUUGAUGCCAUUCCAGACGUCCCCACUUUUGACAUACGCAUUUACCAAAUGGUUGUAGAUGAAUACAGAAUCGGGCGUGGGUUCGGAUGUUUUUACGAGCUUUGCAUGGAUUGCCGCGACUUUUCUCAAGUUCGAGACCUCCACACAUUGACGGAGAGAGGUGGCGUAGCUGGUGGCCAAUGUGUGAACCGUCUUGAACUGAGAAAUUAA